AUGUCGAACAACAAUCCGAAGCAAAAAUCGGCUUUCACCGGCAGAAUGCAUGGUCUCUACCACUGGCUAUAUCGGUUGCUCCUGUUGAGCCUGGCCUACACAAGAUCUACGGCCGGAAAUCCUACACCUCGUGGUCUCGCUGACAAAGUUACUUCCAUCUAUCAAUUUCCGAAUGAAACCUGGUUGGAGAACAUCGCAGUGCGAUCGAACGACCACAUUCUGACCACAUGUUUCACGGCACCCCUUCUGUAUACUCUGGAUCCAACAGCGGCUUCCCCCGAUCCGGUCGUUGUUGCCAAUUUCGCCGGGAAGACAGGUGUCCUAGGCAUCGCCGAGAUCGAGCCAGAUGUCUUUGCUGUGGCUGCCGGCAAUGUGUCAGCACCGCUAGGCGAAGGAAACUAUUCAGUCUCCAGAGUCGACAUGCGAAGCUUCCAAGCAAGUGACGGGGAGGUGAUCAAGCCGGCGGACGUCUGUGUCUUGGCAGAUAUCCAAGACGCAGCGGUCCUGAAUGGCUUGACGUUGCUGAACAGCCGAUACCUUCUUAUUGCAGACGGCAUAUUGGGAGUCGUCUUUCGACUGGAUUUGCAGACCGCAGAGUACACCAUCGCGCCCAACGACACGACCAUGAAGCCCAAUGCUUCAGCCAUCAUACAAAACGGUAUCAAUGGCAUCCAUGCAAAGGACGGCUAUCUCUACUACACAAGCAGUGGGCAAUACUUGUUUUGCCGAAUUGCUGUCCACGACAACGGUACUGCUGCUGGGCCCGUGGAGAUCUUCAACUGCAACCUAUUGGGCGACGACUUCAUUCUCGAUCAACAAGGCAACGCAUUCAUCACGAAUGACCCAGAAAACACUCUUACUGUACGGAAGGUCGAUGGUAGCACAUCGGUGGUAGCCGGCAGUCCCAACUCGACCGUUUUGGCAGGAGAUACUGCAUGUGCUUGGAGUCGAGCGCCAGGAUCUCGGACACUGUAUGUGUCGACUAAUGGCGGACUCAUAGAACCGGUAAAUGGGUUCGUCGUUGGUGGAUCAAUCGUUGUGGUGGACUUGUGCAGCUGA